CACCAAAUUGACCGAUCCGCAAAUAUGGCCGGAGAAGCAGACUCUGCUGCCAUGACCACCAGCAGCGCUGAUCGCAUGGUAGGCAUGGAUCACGCUGAAGUGCGUUAUUUCACGAGUUAUGAUCACCAUGGCAUUCAUGAGGAGAUGCUUAAAGACGAUGUUCGUACUAGAUCGUACCGUGACUCUAUCUACCAGAACCGUCACAUCUUCAAGGACAAGGUCGUUCUCGAUGUCGGUUGCGGAACUGGUAUUCUCAGCAUGUUCGCCGCCAAGGCAGGUGCCAAGCAUGUGAUUGGUGUCGAUAUGUCGUCGAUCAUUGAGAAGGCUCGUGAGAUUGUUGCUGUGAAUGGCUUGUCGGACAAGAUCACCCUGCUCCAGGGAAAGAUGGAGGAGGUCGUCCUCCCUUAUCCCAAGGUUGAUAUCAUCAUCUCCGAGUGGAUGGGCUACUUCCUUCUCUAUGAGAGCAUGUUGGACACCGUUCUCUACGCCCGUGACCGUUACCUUGUUCCUGGCGGCAAGAUCUUCCCCGACAAGGCCACCAUGUACUUGGCUGCCAUCGAGGAUGGCGAGUACAAGGAUGACAAGAUUGGAUUCUGGGACAAUGUGUAUGGAUUCAACUACAGCCCGAUGAAGCAGAUUGCCCUUACCGAGCCCCUUGUCGACACUGUCGAGAUGAAGGCGCUCGUUACCGACCCUUGCCCCAUCAUCACCCUUGACCUUUACACUGUCACUCCGGCCGACUUGGUCUUCAAGGUACCCUUUUCGCUUCCUGCCAAGCGCAGUGACUUCAUCCACGCAGUGAUCGCUUGGUUCGAUAUUGAAUUCGGCGCCUGCCACAAGCCCAUCACCUUCUCCACCGGUCCCCAUGCCAAAUACACCCACUGGAAGCAGACCGUCUUCUAUCUUCGCGAUGUUCUGACCGUCGAGGAGGAGGAAGUUGUUUCCGGUGUUCUCGAGAACAAGCCGAACGAUAAGAACAAGCGCGACCUUGACAUCAGCAUCUCCUACAAGUUCGAGACCACGGAUCCGAACCGUUACUCCGAGGGCAGCUGCUUCUACAGGAUGUGCUAAAUUCUUGGCCAUCCCUUGUUUCUUCGGUUGCUUAGCUAUUUUGCUUGGAGUCGAUUUAUGUUCACCAGUAACAUAAAGUGGUUCUGCCCUGUGGGCAGCAUAGCAUUUUAACGGAAGUUCACUUGUAUGGAUGUCGGUCUGAUGGAAGGUUAUAUUUUGGACUUCCUUUGAUUUCAGUCAUGCCAUUUUUCAUCAUUUUUCUCGGCGUAUACGGAAGGCAAGGCAACGGCAUCAUCAGUUGGCGCGGUACGGAGAGAAGAUUUCCAAAGGACGAUUAUGAAGCUCCUCGAAUUUCCCAAGUAGAUACCCCGAGUCGACGCUCAGUCUCACACCUCCGACGUUCUGUCUAUGCAUUACUUAGCUUCAGGUCCAUUAAUCUCACGAAGUUCAACUAACCGGUUCACU